CUCGGUAAAACUGGAACGUAAGCAGCGGUUGAUGUGUAAUCACAAUAUUUGCAUGCUCUCUGAGCGUGUUUGGCAACGUCGUUUCGCGGACUUCACCCAACUGCACAGAUUUCCUUGACCAAGCAACAAACAGACACUAACUUUAUUUCGGUUGUGAUUCUACAAGCAUGCAGCGAGGAGUCUCUAGCGAGCUGUUUGACUCUCUGAAGGUGUAUCUGAACAACAAGAACAGACUACAACCCAUUAUUGGCCUGAGCAGCAUUAUAGAAUGUAUGAAGACGGGAUCAGACGGCAGAGAAGCUCUGUACCUGUGUGAGGUGUGUGUGUGUCGACUUAGUAUGGCUGACAUGCGGAACCACAUUAUGGGAAGUCUCCACAGAUACAACUACAUUAAAGCCAGGCACCCCCACUUUGCAUCUGAAUGGAAGGAGAACGCGGACCUGUCUCUGCUGGCCUGGCCACUGAUGGAGACGGCCAAGGUGCUUGAGGGAAAAGAGGGACCUGGGGACAUCAAGUUGUUAGAGGUUGGAGACGCUGUGUUCCAGAAGAUGGCAAGACACAGUGACAGUGACGCAGUAACUCUGAUAAAUUCCUUAAGACACGGACAGGGGCAGAGUGACCCUGAGAGAACGCAGCUGGAGCACUACACUGUCCAAUCACAGAGGAUUGUAUUGCUUGGCCAGGACCUCCGGAGACAGUCCAAGAGAUCACAUAAGACAUCAGCACAAACUAACAAGCCUCCAUCUCUAAUCCAGUCAACUGUAGCUUCUUCUGUCAACUCAAACAGCUGGUUAAAUAACAUCUCUACAUCACAGUUAGACAAAACUCAGAUGUCAGCGAACAGCAACAGCUUUCUAGAUGGCUACACAGGAACCAAGCCUCUUAUUGGUCUUUUCAGUGUGGUUGAGUGUAGAAGUGAAGAUGGCCGUACAUACUGUUUCUUAUGUCACUGCUGCCGCAUCAGAGUCAACAAAAAGGACAUCAUUGAUCACCUAACCAGCACUUCUCAUCUUGUCAACUCUUUGAUGGAAUCUCAUCCUGAGCAGGUGGAAGAUAUUAAUGACAAUCAGCAUCUCCAAUCACUGGCCAAGAAAGUGGAGCAAGAGGAGGGCCGAGGAGAGCUGGAGGUGGUAAACGCACCAGAAUCCCUCUGUAUCCUACUGACUGGCAAAAGUUACCACUGGUGUACAAAGAUGCUGUGUAAUGGAUGGACACACAAUAACAUUCAAAAGAAGAAAAUAGCUGUCAAAGGGCCAAUUGUCAACAAGACCUUCAAUCAAGGCAUGGCAGAGAAACGCGCUCUAGUGCAGUCAAAAGAGAAAAUGAAGAGAAAGAUGAGGAAAGGUACUAAUACUGUGUUCAAGGUAAGCCUACCUCUCACCAAAGGUGCAGUACUGCUGGAGAGGACGUCUUUCAGCACGGACAGCCUCCCUGUGUCAUCAUACUCCCCUUCAGCCGACUCAGAUCUCAUUCCCUCGCCAGAGACCCAGACAGAGGAAUGUGAGUCGGACUGUGACUCUGGUACAUUUGCCGUUAACCACUCUGAGCACACCUCAAUGUGUCCACCCUCGCAACUUCAGCAAGGCUUGGAUAGUGGAGAUGCAGACUCUGGUCAAUACGUGGGACCAGAAAGAAACAUCACUGUCACUCAGUAUCAAGAAGUGGAUGGUUACGGUGAUUACUUCAACCAGUCUGAAGACCUAACUAAUAAACAAAACCAAAAGGCUUACGAGGAAAGGAAUUACAACAGAUGGCAUCGUUCGCAAGGAAGAUCAAAGAAGAACUUUUCUAAAGAGUGGCAAAAUGAAGGGCAGUUACCUGCUGCGUCCCACACGCAGGAGGAGUCAUCUUAUCACUCUUUCGACAGACGUGAGGAGGAUUUCUCUGAGCAGUGGUACAAUUCAACUUUCCAGAAUGAAGUUGGCACAAGAGUGGAUGUACCUAGAGGGGAGAGACACGAGAUUAGCACAAAUGCUACCCAACACUAUUACCAACAACAGCCCAUUACACAGUACAUGGCACAAAAUCAUACAUGUCUUCCUGUGGGAAGUGUGGGGCACCGCAGUGAACUGGCUCCUCAUUUAGAUGCUACUAGGAUCAACACGCAUCCUCACAUAGGAGAUUCCCAUGUUCACAGUGCACCAGACCCUAGAGUACAGUUUCUUGAGAUGGAACAGAGAGGAUUGCAAACCUACAUGGAGUUCAUGAUUGGCCACGUCCAAACAGCUCCACAAAGAUAUAUGACGCAACCUUUGGCCUAUCAAGGAGUCCAAAUAGGCCACGGGGGGGUGAUGUCUAACCCCGGUUACAAUAUUGGACAAAGGACAAACCCUGAUCUGCUCUUUCGUCAUCCAGUCAGUGGCGACAGCGGCGGAAGUGGUGAUAUGUCCCAUUCAAAUGCAUUCAUCCCACCUGGGCAAGCUCUGCGUUAUGAAGCAUGCUCUCAUCUUAAUUUCAGAGGCACUGGUUUGUCAGGUGGGAUGAUUUCAGGGAAUGUAGCUGGAGCACCUCCAUAUGUGCUUGCAUAUCCCAGUUCUGCAUAUAGCACCUCACAUCGCUGACGCCACAUAUCCACUCACUUCCGCCUUGGGUUCCAUUGGCGCUGUUAUACGUUGUGUUUUUCUAACAGAAAACCUGUAUAGUCAUCUCAGAAAUGUCUUAGAAUUUUCCCCUUUGACUUUCAGUUUUAACAUUUAUAUUGCAUGAUUAAAUACUCGGACUACUUUACUAUGAAACUGACACAAGGCUUUUUUUUUUUUUUUUUUUUUUACUUUUCAGUCACCUAAAUUGAGAAAAAGGUCAGAUUUUUGGACCAUUAAACUAAAAUGAGCCUAAAUGGUGACAGUGUUUCUUUGACAUGCUUGGAAACAAGGGGAGGCCACUUACAACUUAAAAUUGUGAUGAUUCAAUCAUUUACACAAGCAUGGACUAAACUGCAGUUUAAAAAAGGGACAGAAAUGCUAAUGCUGUGCUUUUACAUUUUUGAAUGUGAUUUUUUUUUUUUUUUUUUUUUUUACUUCUGAAUUUCAGGCUCCAGGUCAAUUUUAAGUUAAUUCCAUUAGUAUAGCUCAAUUUCUAUAAUAUCUGUCACAUUGUCUGGUUACAUUAUAAACAAAACCUACUCGUUUUUGAUUUAUAAUGAAGCAUAUCAAUAAUAACACCUGUGGAAUAAAAUUGACUGAAGCCAUAUUAGCAGAUGAUAAUGAGAUAAUUUUAAGUGAAAAGUACCACAAUGUACUAUAUUACGAGGUUUUACAUACAUCCCCAAAACAAAGUGAGAAUAAGAAACACGCUAAGUAAUGUUAUGCAUCAAACUUUAUAAAGCUGUUGGUUUUUCAGUGCUUUAUAUCAGUUAAGAAUAACAAAAAAGAGAAAUCAUUGAGGUUUCAAAUCACAUUGAGGUCGUGGUUUGUGAUUGUCAAUAAAUAUGUUGAACUAC